GCGGGCCCCAUGUUACUGAGCGGAGCUCCUCCGGCGGGCUCCCGGCCGGGGCCGCGGGCCCAGGGGAGCGCUGGGGGCGGCCCAGGGGGGUCCCGCCGGGGCGCCGGGGGUGCGGGAGCCGGCCCAGGAGGGGGCGGCAGCGGCGGAGUAGCCAAGUGGCUCCGGGAGCACCUGGGCUUCCGCGGGGGGGGCGGCGGCGGAGGGGGCAGCAAGCCGGCGCCCCCUGAGCCCGAUUACCGCCCCCCUGCGCCCUCUCCGGCCGCGCCCCCCGCGCCGCCUCCGGAUAUCCUGGCCGCCUACAGGCUGCAGCGAGAGCGCGACUUCGAAGACCCCUACUCCGGGGGGUCGUCCGGCUCCGCCGCCCUCGCCACCCCUGCCGCCCCCGGCCCCACACCGCCCCCGCGCCACGGCUCUCCCCCACACCGCCUUAUUCGGGUCGAGACCCCGGGGCCCCCGGCGCCCCCUGCUGAUGAGCGGAUCUCCGGACCCCCCGCCAGCAGCGACAGGCUAGCAAUCCUAGAAGACUAUGCGGACCCAUUUGAUGUUCAGGAGACUGGUGAAGGUUCAGCAGGAGCUUCAGGAGCCCCAGAGAAGGUCCCUGAAAAUGAUGGCUACAUGGAGCCCUAUGAGGCUCAAAAGAUGAUGGCCGAGAUCCGGGGCUCCAAGGAGACAGCAACUCAGCCCUUGCCUCUGUAUGACACACCCUAUGAGCCAGAGGAGGAUGGGGCCACUCCGGAAGGUGAGGGAGCCCCCUGGCCGCGGGAGUCCCGCCUGCCAGAGGAUGAUGAGAGGCCCCCCGAGGAGUAUGACCAGCCCUGGGAGUGGAAGAAGGAGCGGAUUUCCAAAGCCUUUGCAGCCCAGUUUGAAGGAUCGGAGAAGAGCUGCCUGUCACCUGGCCGGGAGGAGAAGGGGCGGCUACCUCCCCGACUCUCUGCAGGGAACCCCAAGUCAGCCAAGCCCCUAAGCGUGGAGCCCAGCAGCCCCCUGGGGGAGUGGACAGAUCCAGCACUGCCUCUGGAAAACCAGGUGGGACACCCACAACGGGUGGGCCUGGACGGCGAGGGACCCAGCAGAGAUGCCCCCCUUCCUCUCUCUCAUCCUCAGCUGGUAUCACGGGGCCAUCAGCCGAACCGACGCCGAGAACCUGCUCCGGCUGUGCAAAGAGGCCAGCUACCUGGUACGCAACAGUGAGACCAGCAAGAAUGACUUCUCCCUGUCCCUCAAGAGCAGCCAGGGAUUCAUGCACAUGAAGCUGUCCCGGACCAAGGAACACAAAUAUGUGCUGGGCCAGAACAGCCCGCCCUUCAGCAGCGUCCCUGAAAUUGUGCACCACUAUGCCAGCCGCAAGCUACCCAUUAAGGGGGCCGAACACAUGUCCCUGCUCUACCCUGUGGCCAUCCGGACUCUUUAGAUGUGAAGCCAGGGCACUGUGAUAGACCUGUACCCAGCCCUGUGCCCAUCACCUGGCUGAGGGCUGUGGCGCUUGCCAGGGACAUGAUCUUUCAAACCUUUCUUCUCCGGGUAUCGAGCAGAAGCUGGAGAUUCCUUAAUUUAUUCUAAAGGGAAAGGGCUCCUGGGGCCUUGGAGUAAGGGGUUGGCUGGAGCUGGGGAUAGAGGAAACCCUGGAGAGAAAGGAUAGCCCCUGGAGGAAGGGGGUUCUAGAGCUGCUGGGGUCGUAGGGAGUUUCAGAUUGGCAGCUCCGGCUUCUUUCCGACCUUAGGGCAGAGGUGGCGACCUCCACCGCCACCAUUUUCUCCCCACUGGCUCCCUGCGAGGUGGAGCAGAAUUCGGCCCCAUGGGGCGCCUGACCAUCUCUCUGCCACCGUCCCCAACUUCCACCCCAGACCGUCGGAGGGCUCCUCCCAGAGUCUGGUGAGGUUUGGGGAAGGCAGGCCCCUGGGAAGCAGCCGGCUUUGGGGGGUGGGGAGACAAGGGGAGGGGCUCGGGCAGAGGGAACUGUGCAGUCCCCGGGCCGCCCCGGCUCCGGGCCAGAGGCAAUAAAUAAACCCGAUCCCGCCGGGCACAGCCGCGCCCGCGCCUCCGGCGCCGUCCCCGGGCUGACGGGGGAGGGAGCGGAGAAGCGAGCGCAGAUUCUGCUUAUAAAUCAGCUCUGGAGCAGACACAGCCCGGCUGUGAAAAGCA